AUGUUCGAUGCGGCGAAGGAACCGAGGGCGAGUGGGGGUGCUGGGUCUCGGACAUAUACAGGGGAGAGGCCGCUGGAUCGUACGCUGUUUAUCCUACUAUCCCUGGGUAUCGUGACGAUGUCUUCGCUUCUACUUGGUUGCGGCCAAGGAUUGUAUACCUACAAUCUUUGCCUUGCAACUACCUGGGUUUGUCUCGUCCUCUAUGCGUUGACAAAAAGCGUAAUCUAUAUCUUUCUUGUUGAGCGCAUUCAUGUCGUUCGUGCACCAUUUUUCACUCGCAGUCAUGAUUGGGUAUACAUCGGAAGCAUGCUGUUCAUGAUGACCGCCUCAGCCGGCAUCGUCAUCAACGCCUGGCUUCAUCCUUACACCGCCAUGGAUCCCAAGUCGGGGCGGUGCCACACGGGAAUUCAAAGGAAGGUCACGGUUCCCUUCCUGAUCAUCGACAUCGUCAUGGACAUUGUCCUCACUGUGGUUUUCUUCUACCUCCUCCAGCCAGUCCUCAAGCAGAACGGGAACUGGAGCCUUCCGAUUAUCUUUGGCGGCAGCAAAACGCGAGCAGGAAUGGUCGAGCUAGAGGGAAGCAACGAUACGGCGGUCCAGAGGAGCAUUCGAUCAUUGCUGCAGAAGAGCAUUAUAGGAGCGUUUGCCAUUACGAUUGUCACCCUUGUACUUUUCAUCGUACAAUACUUCUUUGUGGAAGGGAAGGGAGUCGCCUUGGUUUGCAGUACCAUCUGCCUUGUAGAUGUAUUCUGGGGCUACGUCAUCAUCCAUUGGCUCACCGAUAGAGCAUCCGCCGAGGCAGAAAAGGACAUCAGCUGCUCUUCUGGGCUGACAAUUUCGACACAGAGAAUUGAUCGUCUCCCGGCAUGA